GUAAUUUUAUAUUACAAACACACAAGUCACUUCAUCAUAAUGAAAAGGGCUUUAUUUAUACCAAGAGCCACCACAGGUAGUCUUAAAGCACGUAUGAUGUUCCAGAGUGCCAGAGUGCUUGUCUAUAAAACUAGAAUUCUUGGGGGUCACCUGGUGACCUCUCAGUUGGUUCCAGCAAGAUUCCAAAGCACAAACAAUAAAACUGCUUCUUUAAAGGUGGACGAUCCUCAGCUUAUGAUAGCCUUUACAUGCAAGAAAUGCGACACUAGGUCUUCACACACAUUCUCCAAACAAGCAUACACCAAGGGCACAGUGGCAAUCCAGUGUCCAGGCUGCAAAAACCGUCAUUUGAUAGCGGAUAACCUCAAGAUCUUCAAGGACGACAAAUUCAGUUUGGAAGAAGUUUUAAAGGCCAAGGGCGAGUCUGUUUCCACCAGCACUGAAGAUUUGGUUUUCAAUGACAUUCCUGAAAGCUUGAGGGAAAAGAUUGGUCACCAUGCUAGAGAUGCUCCAGAGGAUUACCAAAAGAAACUCGAACCAGAAAAUACGGCUCUUCCCAAAGGGAAUGAUAAAUGAAUCUAGCACAUCCUGUAAAUAUCGGCAUAUGUAGACCCUAAGUUAAUGUGAAUAUUUGGAUCUUGUGUAGUGAAAUUUUUCGCAAUCAGUUUUUUCCCAACCACUCAAGAUGUUUCUUCGAAGAUCAUUGACGUUCAGGCAAAUUAUAUGGACCAAGCAGUGUCAACCUCACACAUUCUACCGGUUGAACUCUACAAAGGCAGAGCUCUUACAGAAGUACAAAGAUAAAUUGGAGGCUAAGGCCAAGAUCUUGGGAUACCAAAGUGUUGAAGACUUGAACGAGUCGCUCAAAGAUGAUAUUGAAGCCAGAAAAAAGCAGUUGAAUGCCAUUGAUCCUCUCAAGGAUUUGGAGGGCUUCGAAGCAGAGCAAGCAUCAAAGAUGAAGAAGAACAUUCUCGAUCACCAAAUCAAAAUCAGGGACCCAAUCAAAAGAGAUGCCCCAAUUGCGCCAUAUAAAACCUUGGACUCGUUUGUCGACAGUGCAAAGUUGAAAGAUCUCAAUAAGCAAGAGAUUGAGUACAUUUGGAGAGCGCGGUUUCAGAAAGAUGACAGGUCGAUGGUGGCUAUCUUGGGUGCUACUCAAUUUUCUAACAUGUACGCUUUGGGGUUCAAAAACAGAACAUUCAUCUUACCUUUGGCUAAAGAGAGCGGAGGCUAUGAAAUGCAUUUUGUACAAUGGUCUUUCGUAGGACCAGAAACAACACAUUGUAUGCUCACAACAUUGGCUGAGUAUAAACUCCAUAAUGAGUACGCCAAACCUCAUCUGACAAUUAUGUUUCACCAGGAAUUGGCACAUGAAAAGGAUGUUGUUCUCAUGAACUGUCACGUUGAAAAAGAGUCCAAUGUGUCUUUAGCAGAUGCCCAAUUUCUUAUAUUGAAUAUCCAACGUUUCUAUGGGGCUAUGAAAAGUAUUUCUAAGGCCAAAUUAGAACUCUUGGAAGCGUUCAAUCGAGGUGAAGAGAUGUUCGAUAUGGAGAAGUUGAUUGAAGAAGCUACUUCUUUCGAAUAGCUUUACCCUGUAAAUAUUAUAUUAACAAUCAUAAAAUCACAUUAUUGUUUUCCUAUACGCAUAAGAGAAUCAAGAAGACUAGAUCCACCUGGAGAGUCAGAAGCUAAUUUCGACUUAUUACCCAACCUUUUGGUGGAUGGUGCUGCUUUGACAGGUGCUCUUUUUUGCUGUGCAUUCCUUGGUGGUUUGGCUAGAACUGCUUCAUCCUCCAGAGAGAAUAUUUCCUCUUUGUCGCUUUCGAUAUCGCUUGCUCCCGACUCUUGCAUGUAGGCAUCCUCACUGUCAUCAUCACUGCUGACAACAAUUUCAGUACUAACAGCUUUUUUGGCAGUCGCUCUGCGAGGUCUUGUAGUAGGUUUUGCUUUAGGUGAUGGUGAGAUUGCACUCUGUUUUGGCUGCAAAAUAUCUUCAUCAGAGCUAAACUCAUGGUUGCCAGUGGUUAGAACCUUUUGUUUUUGCUCGA